AUGAUUAUAAUGGCGGUGGCGGUGGCUUUUAGAGUUAACAUAAUUUAAAUUAAAUGUAAAUGGCAAUUAUACAUGAAAAAUAACGCUAGCUCCCAAUAAAAAAACUAUUGUACAAUCAUUAGUAAGUGAAACAGAAUUCAUUGAUAUAAAUUUCAUAUCCGUAAACAGUCUACCCUUGUUUUGGGAUCUGGACGAAUCAAAUAUAAUAUCAUGGAUAUAAAACAAGAAACUAGUGAGGAAACUUGUAAAAUGAAAACAGAUAAUGAAACAUGUGAUGGUCCUUUGGAUGCUUUCAAGAUUGAAAUCAAGCAAGAACCCAAGACAGAAACCGAAUACCAGGAGUUUGAUUAUGUAGACCCCAAUGAAUUCUAUGUUAAAGUUGAAGCAGAACAAGAUGAAUAUAAAUGUACACUAUUUGAAGAACAGCAAACAACCAAUGAAGGAAGUUGUUCCAAAGAGGAGAACAAAAUGGAAACUUUACCUGCACAUUCAUCUCAAAAAGAAAGCUACACAGGUCAACAUGCAGAAGAAAAAAUAUUAAACAAAAAUGUGGAAGUUGUGACUGGACAAAGAGCUUAUAAGUGUGAAACUUGUUUAAAGACGUUUACUUUUAACAGUGCUUUAAAAGUACAUUUAAGAACGCACACUGGAGAAAAACCUCAUAAGUGUGAAAUUUGUUUUAAGCAGUAUAGGAAAGUGAGUCAUUUGAACAUACAUUUGAGAAUCCACACUGGAGAAAAACGUCACCAGUGUGAAAUUUGUUUAAAUAAAUUUAAUCAAGCAGGUGAGUUGAAAAAACAUUUGAGAGUGCACACUGGAGAAAAACCAUUCAAGUGCAAAAUAUGUUCUAAGCAGUUUAGACUAGCACCAAGUUUGAAAACUCAUUUGAGAGUGCACACUGGAGAAAAUCCGGAGCAGUGUGAAAUUUGUUUAAAGAAAUUUAGUGAAGCAAGUCAAUUGAAAAAACAUUUAAGAGUGCACACUGGAGAUAACCCUCACCAGUGUGAAAUUUGUUCUAAGCACUUUAUUGAAGCACGUGAUUUGAAAAGACAUUUACGAGUGCACACUGGUGAAAAACCUUAUAAGUGUGAAAUUUGUUUUAAACAAUUUAGUGAUUCGCGUUAUUUGAAAAUACAUUUAAGAGAGCACACUGGUGAAAUGCCAGUGAAACAGUACAAAUGUGAAAUUUGUUUUAAACAGUUUAGUGAAGCAAAACAUUUAAAAACACAUUUGAGAGUGCAUACUGGAGAAAAACCGUACAAGUGUGAAACUUGUUUAAAACAGUUUAGCACUGCAGGUAAUUUGAAAAUACAUUUGAGAGUGCAUACUGGAGAAAAACCUCACCAAUGUGAAAUUUGUUUAAAGAAAUUUGCAGGUGAUUUGAAAGUACAUUUGAGAACUCACACAGGAGAAAAACCUCACCAAUGUGAAAUUUGUUUAAAGAAAUUUGCAGGUGAUUUGAAAGUACAUUUGAGAACUCACACAGGAGAAAAACCGUAUAAGUGUGAAACUUGUUUAAAACAGUUUGUUACUGCAGGUGCUUUGAAAAUACAUUUGAGAGUGCACACUGGUGAAAAACCAUUCAAAUGCGAAAUUUGUUUUAAGUCAUUUAGUGACGGAGGUAAUUUGAAAAGACAUUUGAGAACACAUGCAGGGGAAAGGUAGAGAUGGUAUGAUGGAACUGGAGCGGGUACCUCGGAAUAGGUUUCAAUCGUCUACUCCACGCACCAGUGACAAAAAGUCUACGGUAUCGGUUUCGAUUCCAGCGCUGCCGCAUUAGUUUAGUAUACUUUGCGCGACAGCCGGGCAGCGAUUUUACAAAAUAUACCCGUUCUCAGCACAAUCUCCGCCUCCUACGCAUACGUUAUCCAUAACUAAGUAUCCCUACCUGCUAUCAACAUUUUAUACUAAAUACACCCGAUUUAAACACACUUCGGUUGAUUAGGAAUUUAGAAAUCUCGGAGGGAAUAACAAUGUAGUUUUAUGGUUUGGUAAAUUUUUUAUUCUUUAACCUGCGUUUAAACGUGCACUAAACUUACAGAUAAAAAAUAAUUUAGGUGGGUACGCGCAAAAUUUGCUUGCAAUGCUUUUUAAGCGCAUUCAUUUUUUUCGAAUCCUGAGAAAACGAAUUAGUAUUUUUGAAAAAUUUAAACGCAGAAUAAAAGAUUACAUUAUUACCGAGAGCCGAAAGUCCCUGAAAACUUUUAUAAUAUUUAUUUUAAUUAGUUACAGGGAUAAAAAUUAGGUGAAUGUCAUUUCAUGUUAUGAAUCUAUCAAUUUUUUAAUUUCAAUUGAAGCGAUACAUCAUUUUCCUUUCAUUCGUUUAUUAGAACGAACCCUUUUUUAUCAUCCACUAUAUUAAAAUUGGAAUGGUGGCACACGAACUGUUUUUUAAAUAAUAUUGUUUUUACAUUUGGAAAGGAUUCCCUUAAAAUCCACUGUGUUUUUGUAUUUUCACUACAGUUUUCUAUCCGUUUAUAGCAUUGCAUACUAUAAUCUAUCUCCGUAUUAUUUUGGUUUAGAUUUGUUGGUAUUACGCACACGUUAAAAUUAGCAUUAUCAGAGCAUGAUUCAAUCUCUCGUACAUCUUCAUCGUGCAGAUUUAAAUAUUUUCUUAAACAUAAUUCAGACAUUUUUCAUACUAACUAGUCCAGGGUAAUAAGGUUUUUUCCAUGACACUUCAACAGCCAGGGUACUGAAGCGUUUUUUCGACAGGUAAUACCUAUAAUACCAAAUUGUAGCUAUUUCCUGCUUAUGAUCUGGCGGCCAUUUUUAUUUAUAAACAAUUUAGUGUCAACAAACGACCUUUUUCCUUUUUUUUUAGUUAAUGGAAAACAGUAAGACUUAUAGUUUUCUUAGUACAGACAUCUUCGAGAGAAUGGAAAAAGUUUUAAAAUAACGUAUUACACAGUUUUAUACACUCAUUUAUUGUUAAUAUAAUUGCGAAAAAGGCCGAAAUUUCAAAAAAAUUAAUUUCGUAAUAACUAUUGUUAAAAUAAAUGUACAGCUUUGAAAUUCAUGUCAAAUGAGGGUUCUUUGGUGCUUAAUAUGUGACAAAAAUUUCAAAGCGAUUCAUUCAAUUGUUUAUCCCAGAGAGCUUUUAUUUGCAAUAACCAAGUCAGAAAAAAAUAACGUUAGAACCAUUCUA